AUGCCGUUUGGGUCAUCUAUGGAUGCCUGGGCAUCCUUCUACGACUAUCCUAGCGACGAGAUUGAGGAAGAGGAUGCUGUCGGUUCGGCUCGGGCAUCGUCCGAGCUUGACCAUGCCGAAGCUUCGUCGCGGGGCCACCGAAUCAGCACAAUACGAAUGUCGCCCCUCGCGCCCAACGCCGUCGUCUUUUCGGCAUUGCAGCCAAUGCAGCCUCCGCACGACAGGCAGUUCUCCACGAUCUGGCAGAACACUCAGCCGUUGGAGCCUUUUAGGCGUAAUGAUAUGCAUUCAUCAGAUCUUGCAGCAAAUCUCGAACGUUUCCAACAAGAUACGGACAGUCCUCUAGCCCCUCGGCACACCUCUCCGCAGCGCGACUCCAAAAUCAUCCCGCACGCGGCAGAGUACAAUGCAACGCAGACCGGCCUGCCAAGGCAAGAAGAAACUUUCAGUUACAACACAACCCCUCCCCUGGCGCUAGUUGAGCGACGCAUGGCUAAGACGUGGAUAGGGCUCACGUGGGGAGAGAUCAAGUUGCUGUCUCUGGCUGGCGCCGGAUUUUUCAUGGACUCCUACGACCUCUUCAUCAUCAAUAUGGUCUACCCGAUCUUGCUUUUGGCAUACUAUCCCGUGGGGGUACACAACAUCGAGUGGGGCUUGGCGGGCGGAGUUCUGAAAGCUUCGGCAAGCAUGGGGAACGUGGUGGGUCAACUGCUUUUUGGCUUCUUGGGAGACUUUUGGGGCCGAUCGGUACUGUACGGAAAGGAGCUCAUGCUGGCCAUGGCUGCAAUCAUUCUCAUGAUUUCAGCCCCAGACAGUCUGCACGGACAAGGUGUUACGAUAUGGAUCGCGGUGUUUCGCUUCUUGAUGGGCAUCGGAAUCGGCGGCGACUACCCUCUCUCGGCCACGGUUGUCGCGGAUCGAUCCAGUUCAAAGACCCGAGGAUUGUUGCUGUCUCUUAUCUUCAGCAAUCAGGGAUGGGGUGCUCUUUUCGCAGCGCUAGCGUCACUGGCCGUCGUUGGAGCCUACAGAUCGUCGAUCCUGUCCGGCAAUUUGACCGAGCUUAGCGGAGCGUGGCGCAUCCUGCUCGGCCUUCCUCUUGCACCAGGCUUUGCGGUGCUCUAUUUCCGUCUCACGCUGGUCGAAUCAGCACGUUUCUUACAAGCGCGAUAUCUGCAGGAUCACGACGAUCUGGCGACUCACGCUUCGGCGGCAGGGGUCGCCAUGCCCAAAAGCGUUGAGAGGUCCGAGACGAAGAUCGCACCUGCAAGCAUCUACACCGGCACACAUAUGCUCAAGAAGGCACACAACGGACGCAAGAUUUCCGAGACGCCUUCGUCGAUCUCGUCACCUCUGAGCUCAAGCGGCGAAAGCCGCUACAAUGUUUACGGCCAGUCAGAGAUCGUUCGUCGUCCAAGCCUAGCACGACCGCAACUACCUUCACCUCGAGAGUUGCGUGAGGCGAUGCGUAAGGCCGCCACACAAAGUAAAGGUUUGUCGUUCCGCUCGAUCGGUGUCGCUCGCAACGACUUUUGGGAGUAUUUCAGCGAGUGGAGUCACCUUCGAGUGCUUAUUGGCACCUCCCUUUCGUGGUUCCUGGUCGACAUCACCUUCUAUGGCAUCAACCUGAACCAAUCGGCCAUCUUUUCGCUCAUUGGAUACACGCAGGGCAGUCCUUGGCAUCGCAUCUACAAACUGGCGUUGGGCAACCUGAUCGUUGUGUUAGCCGGAUUUCUUCCAGGCUACUAUCUCACCGUAGCAUUCAUCGAGGUGACUGGACGCAAGAAGAUCCAGUUAUUUGGAUUCGCGGCCAACUCGGUGCUUUUCUUGGUGCUCGCCCUCACCUACAACACCAUCAUCCAUCAAGCCGGCCCUUUCUUUGCCGUCUUUGUUCUGCUGCAGCUCAGCUUCAAUUUUGGGUCGAAUAGUACCACGUUUGUGGUUCCCGCGGAAGUGUUUCCCACGCGAAUCCGCGCCACGGCGCAUGGUUUUUGUGCAGCCAUGGGCAAACUUGGCAGCAUCGUGUCCUCGCUCGGAUUCAGCGUGUUAGCGAAUGAUCCACGCUUCGGUCAUACAGGCAUCUUUUGGCUAUUUCUGGGCGUGAGCUUGCUCGGGCUCAUCGUCACUCUACUGAUGGUGCCGGAAACCAAAGGAUACGAUGCCGACGCGGUGGAUCGUCAAGAGCUAUUGGAACGCUCGAGGAUGGCUUAA